AUGGAGGCCCGCAAGGACCUUCUUUCGCCCUCGAGCGAGGACGACGAUGACGACCUGGGAGAGCCCGCAACAAGCAAGGGCAACAGCGAAGGCGUCAAAAGAGGCAGCCGGGAUGACAAGACGGGGGGGAAAGCCGGGACGGCGGAUGAGGACAGGGAGGGGCAGGGCCUACCGCUGGCGGUGGCGGCGUCAGCGACAGGGGACGACGAGACAGGGGAACCGGAAAUUCUGGCACACGCGGCGGCGAAGGAGUUCAUCGGGGUGCUGGCGGAGGCGGGGAUAGGGGCGGAGGGAGAGGGCCUCGAGGAGAGGUCGGAGGACGACGAUGAUGCAGGGGUUAGGGUCGGCGAGAAGCGUCCCGAUGAUGACAAGGGGGAAGGCGGUGAAGGGGUUGUCGGAGUGGGGGUCCGCGCUAGCGACGACGCGGACGAUGAGCUGGGGGAGGCAGGACAGGGUGGUGGUAGCGGUGGUGGCGGCGCCGCGGCUGGUCUGAGGGGGAGUGCGGAUGAUGACGGGGGCGGCGAUAGCAACGAGACUGAAGGUGGGGGUGCUGGGGGACGUGCGGCAGGUCUAAGAGGGAGUGCUGAUGACGACGGCGGUGAUGUGGCCGACGGUCGCAGCGAUCCCUCCGCUGCCACCUCGGCGGAAAAGGACGAGGACCAGGCGGAGGAAGGGGAUGGUCUUGGGAGCCGCGCCAGCUCCACCGACGUCAAACAAAUCGGCCAAAGAAUACGAGCCAGGAGUAGACGACUCGACAGCCUCGCCACCGGCGACGAGAGCGUCGCCGCCGCCGGCGGUGCCGCGGCGGACGCAAGGGCCUUGGUAGCAACAACGCCUACGGGAGGGGGCGACGCAGAUAGGGUUAGCUUGGUGUGGAUGGGGCCCUCGGCCUCGGACGGGCUGUGGAGGGAGCCCGGCGAGGGGAGCUUGUGGGCGGAGGCGUUCUCGAGGCUGCGGCUCACCAGGUGGAAGCCUCAGCACGUCUCGGAGUCGUGCCGGAUACCCUGCGGUCACUGGAACACCGCCAGCCUCCCGGACGGGAAGAGCGGUGCCCCGCCCCCCAUCUUGGCGAGGGAGCAGGCGGGUUUCCAGUGCGCUCCCAGCGUGUUCGUCCCGGGUACGCAGAAGGGGGCUUCCACCUUCCUGUUCCACGCCAUCUCUUGGCACCCGCAGAUGGUACAGCCACUAAGGGGGGCCCACGGGUUCAAGGAGACUGGCCGCUACUCGCCCGGGGUUGCCCUCGGAGCGAACAAACUGGGGCUCCGACUCGCGGCAUUUCCUUUCAUUGAGGAACACGAGAACUUUGCGACAGGGGACGGAUCCGUCGUCUACAUGAUCCAGAACAUGGACGUGCCGGAAGCCAUUCUGGCGGACAACCCUCACGCCAAGAUAGUCUUCGCUCUCAGAGAUCCUGUGGCCCGAGCGUGGUCGGACUUCCGCUUCUUGUGGAACAUCUACUCCAGGACCAACGGCUUCCCCUCAGUCGUCCGUGAUUCUGUUCGAAAGACUCGGGAUUGCUUUGCGAGCCACAUGGGCGAGUCCCACUCCCAUAAACCCUUCGAGUUCGGGGCCGGCGGGGCAGGGCAACUGACGUUGUCCGAGGAGGACGAGAAUGCACUGAAGUACUUCUACAACUCGUCUGGAAGGUGCGGGACGAGCAAUGACCCUGGGCACAUCAUCCGCAAGGGUAUCUACUACUUCCAGGUUCUCAACUGGAUUCGGGUGUUCGGCAGGGACAACGUCAUGGUCGUGGAUUCCGCUGACUUGAAGUCGAGGCAAAAGGAGACCGUCGAGGAGGUAUACCGCUUCCUCGGACUUUGUCCGGUGGACGUGAGCAGGCUGGAGCCAGAGAACGUAACCCCGCCGCCAAACAUCCCGGAUCACAAGAAAAUUAACGCCGAGUCCUUCAAGGCGUUGCAAGACUUCUACGAACCCUUCAACAAGAAGCUUUACCAGCUGCUCGGCCGAGAUCUGGGCUGGGAGAAGAACACCUUCAAGCUGAGGGAGGCCUCCGAAACGGUGGUUUCCUUCUGGGAGCGGUUUGGGGCGGAUAACGCCCACGCAUCAGAGGGUUGGCUCCAAGAACAGGCACAACCGAUGGGUUUCCUCGCACCCUGACCGUGGUGCAAACCAACAAUGUUUAGUGAACGAGGUAGACAGAAGUGCAUCCCCAAGCAAGUUGGGCGCAAGGGUGGGGCUCGGAAGUCAUUCAUGUGGUACAGUAGUAUCUCGUGUGUUUCAAUGCACGUUGGCGUUAUUACACCGGGGUUGGGGGUGUGGGUUCGUGGGUUUGUAGCCGUGGGUGCGUUUUGGCGGAAUUCCGCUCGAUCAAGCGCGUGGUGCUCACCGGGCACGUGCUGUGUUCAUAUCUUUCUGUGCGGCAUCCUUUUUGUUUAGGGUAAGUUUGCCUGUGUGACCACGGGAAUCGACCGCGUCAAGUGAUAGAUCAGUACGGACAGAUGAAGGCACUGGGUAGCGAGAGAUCGGAACGGUUUUCAAUGUGAAGACAACAACAACAACAACA